UCCUUACAGUUUGAUUAUUAUUGUUCAUUAACUCUAGGGUUUCAUUCCAUUUUGUGUUACCUAGAUAGCUCGAGGCUUCAAUUGUUUCACAGGUUUCGUUCCUGGAGAUGUCGAGGCCCCAAGUCACCAUCACUCUCGGGCGCUCUGGUCAGAUGGUAAAGAGAGGAGGUUCUGACUUCGCUCAAUCGAAUAUUGAUUCUGGACCAGUGCCAAGAAGAAAACGAUAUAUUGAGAGAUCAGCAGAUAAUGCAGAGGAUUUGUUCUCAUCCACGAAUAAGCGGCAACGUGGAGAUGGUUUUGAUUGGGGUUUAAGUGGCCAAAGAAAAAACGUCUACAGAGUUGGUCAAAAUGAUCUGCGCUUGAAACUUAUGCGCAAAAAUCAAUCCAAGAAAAUUGGUCUUGGCGAAGAACACUCAAGGGUGGAAAUACACCAUCAAUUAUCAAAAAAUUAUCUGCCCUCAACUAGUGGAGAUGUAAUACAUCGUAGGCAUGAAUUUAGAGGGAGUAAUCUUAUAAGGCAAACACAUUACAGAAAAAGUGCCGAUGAUCUAUACCUAGAACAUUCACAAAGGAAAAGUACAGUAUCAUAUGUUGACAGGAUGAGAGUUAGAUCCCCAGAUGGGAUCAUGAAGAGCUCCAUGGGGCUUUCACCUCCUAGAUACAAUGAUGAGUUUAGGAGGAUCUCAUCUAUGAGGGAAGCUGAUCGUUCUAGAGAUGAAUGGUUUUUUAGGAACAGCGUUGCUGAUAGUUAUAGGUCUGUAGACUCCGCACCUGCGAAAAUGAAAGCCACCCUCCCUGUGUCUGGCAAGGCAGUUAAGGAUCUCACAGCAAUAAGUGGCAGCAUGCAGAGAAGUUCCGCAAUGGGAGAGGGUACUCUUUCUGUUGCUGGCUUGUUGAAUUCGCUUGGUUUGGGGAAAUAUGUCAUUCAUUUUCAGGCAGAAGAAAUUGAUAUGACAGCUUUGAGACAGAUGGGAGACAGGGAUCUUAAAGAGUUGGGGAUACCCAUGGGACCAAGGAAAAAGAUUCUUCUCGCCAUGUUGCCCCGUUCUAAGCAGCCGCCGCCACCACUCUCAAUGACACGAUCAUAGGGUUUUGCUGCUCUAAUGUCUGUCUUCCAAAAUGUGUACGGAUGUAUUGAACUGAAUUACUAAAUUUGGUGUUAUGCUCGAUAACUUAUUCCGUUUAUAAGUUGAAGCCCUUCUUCGGAUGUUGUUUUAGGCGUAUGUAUAAACAAUUUGAGGAUAAAUUAAGUAGUGAAAUCAAUUGUGUAUAGUGCAUAGACCUCUCUGCCUUACCAAUGCUGUGCUUAGCAUACAUGGAUAAAACUUUGAACCAUUUACUAAUU